AGCGUUUAUCACCAGGAGAGUAUGAGUUGCAAGUAACUGUCCCAUACGAUAUCUCAUCAUUGAGUGAAGUUUUGAGCAUUCUUCAUCCGCAACAUUUCAUUGCUCUCAAAUCAGCAAUGAUCGAAUCAUUUGGUUUAUCACUGAAAGAUCAGGAAUUUGCACAAUCUUUAACAGAUACAAUUUAUACUUAUAAAUCAACAAAAUUAAAUCCAUGGAAAAUAAUAUCACUACAUGAAAGUAUUGCAUAUAUAAUUAAUGGUAAUCGUUUCAUAACAUUUGACGGGAGAGUAUUCGCAUUUCAUGCUCGUUGCGAAUAUCUUCUUGCGUCCGAUUUACGUACUCAACGUUUUGCAUUAUUAGCCAUAUUUUCAUCACAGGGGCACUUGGAUGCUAUUAAAAUUGAAUUGCGUGGAGAAGAAAUGAUUUUGUAUAAAACCGGCAAUGCAUAUGUAAAUGGUGCUCCAAUAACAUCAAUGCCAUGGCAAAAGAUAGAUGGUAUUGACGGGGUAAUUUUAAUUUCAAUUUAUCGGAAAGAUCAUUGGACGAUAUUAAAAACAUAUGAAGGUUUAUAUAUACGAUGUAAUAGCCAAUAUGAUAUUUGUGAAAUAAUUUUACCGGGACGAAUGCAUGGACGAAGUAAUGGUCUUCUUGGAUCAAAUGAUAAUGAACCAUCAAAUGAUUAUAAUUUAGUGGAUAAUACACCUAAUGAUCAGUUAAAUGUAUUGGCUGAGCAUUGGGCAAUAAAUGGUGAAUGCCGUGUUAAUCAAGCUCGAGAUUUAACAUAUCGUGAUGAUGAUCGUUGCCAAGAAUAUUUCCAAAAUUCUGAUAGUCCAUUACAACGCUGUUUCACUCAAAUAAGACCAAAACCAUUUGAGCAAAUUUGCUCAAAUGGCGGAAAACAGCAGCAUUGUACGGCUACUUCAGCAUAUCUUCAAAUAUGUUCAAAUGCGGGAAUCAUUACGACAUUACCUCAUGAAUGCGUGAAAUGUGACGGUGAUUUGCAUUUGGAUGAUGAAAAAAGAAUUGAGAAAUCAGUCACCGAGCAUGACGUCGUAUUUGUUGUUGAAGAAAGAAAAUGUAUGGAUCAUCAUAAAGAUAAAAUAGCAAGAAUUGUGCAAAAAAUUAACCAAGAACAACGAUUGGUGCGUUUUGGUUGGGUGGGUUUUGGAGGUGAAGGAAUUCAUCAUGAACCACUUGUACAUUAUGAACAAAAUGAAGCGUUAUUGGAUGCUUCAACAUUUAUCAAACAAACACAAAAAACUUUUGAACCGACAUCUGGAAUAGAAAUGCCACACAAUUGUCCUAAG